AUGUCAUCAAGUGACAGAAAAUAUAGAGAUUAUGACGAUAAAUAUAGAUCAAAAAGUCCAAUAAAAGAAAAGAGAGAUAGGUCCAAAGAUAGAGCCAAAGAUAGAGUCAGGGAUAGAUCAAGAGAUAGGGAUGGAUCAAGAGACAGAGACAGAGAUAGAGAUAGAUCAAGAGACAGAGACAGAGACAGAUCAAGAGAUAGAGAUAGGUCAAGAGAAAGAAAAAAUAGAGACAGAGAUGUAUCAAAAGAAAGAAAAAAUAAAGAUAGGAAUAGAAGUAGAAGUAGAAGCAAAUCAAGAGAUAGAAAAAAAUCAUCAUCAUCAUCAUCGUCACACAAAAGAAAUAGAAAACAUUACAGUGACAGUGAAGAAAGUGAUUAUACAAGUAGUAGCAGCGAUGAAAAAGAAAAAAGACAAAGAAGAAUUGAAAAAAAACAAAAAAAAGAAGCAAAUAGAAAGAAUGAUAUUGACUUAACUGGCUAUUCAAAUGACAUGAAUCCGUUCAAUGAUGCUAAUUUACAAGAGAAAUUUGUGUGGAAAGCCAAAAGAGAAAAGUUUAUAAAAGAAGGUAUGAGACCAGACGAAUAUGAUUCAAAAUAUGGCAAAAAGAGAAAAGAAGAUAUUCAGGAGGAGUUAGAAAAGGCCAGAAAGAAGCGUGAACAGAGGGAAAAAGAACAGCAAAUUUGGGAGGAGGAAAAAGAACGUUUACAGCGUAUGAAGGAUAUGUCCAAUAAUGAAGAGCUCGAAAAGAAAGAGGAAGAGUUUCACUUUUUACAAGCUUGCAAACGUUGUGAAACUCGUUUGUUUGAUAAUCGUCCAAAGCCAAUCGAUUUCCUUUAUAAAACAUUAAAUAUGCUCCAUCUACCAGAUCAUCGUGAAAACCGUGAACCAGUCUCAAUGAUUCAAUCAAUCUACGAUCCAAAAAUACUAGAAGAGCUAAUCGAGGGUAUUCGUGACUUUACCUAUUUGGAUACCGAUCAAGAUAACUUGGAGUUUUGGGAGGCAGCUUUAGAAUUGUCAAAUUAUCAAUUGGGCGUUAGAAAUGGCGAAGACCCAGCAAACUCCGAUUCCAGUGCACUUCAUCACUCACUUACAAAUGACAUUAGAAAUAUUCUUCAAGGAAAAUCAUUUAAGGAUUUAGUCAGUUUGGAAACCGAUAUUUUGCAAAAAUUAGAAUCUGGUUCUGCAAUGAAUGUUGAAUACUGGGAAACUCUUUUAAAACAUUUAAAGAUUUAUAAAUCAUCCGCAUUCCUAAAAGAGAAAUUCAUCAGUAAUCUCAAACAAAGACUAUCAGAUAUCGAAACAGAAAAAUACCUCAAUGACAUUUCAAAUGAUUCAAAAUUACCAUUCGAAUACAAUCCAGAGGUUAAAAAUACUAAUAAUAACAAUAAUAGUAAUAAUAAUGAAGAGGGUUCAUCUAAAUCAAAUACAACCGAUAAUAGCGAAAAAUCAAAAGAUCCAUAUGACGAAGAAAAUGAAUUUGAUGAACAGUUUGAUUUGGAAGUUGCAUUGGAACCAAAAUACUAUUCAUGGCACGACAAAUAUAGACCUAGAAAACCAAAAUUCUUUAAUAGAGUACAUACAGGAUAUGAUUGGACUAAAUAUAAUCGUACUCAUUAUGACAAGGACAAUCCACCACCAAAGGUAGUUAGAGGUUAUAAAUUUAACAUAUUUUAUCCAGAUCUCAUCGAUACAUCAAAAUCACCUCAAUUUUAUGUUUCACCAUCACCAGAUAAUCCCGAUACAUGUAUUUUAAGAUUCCAUGCAGGACCACCCUACGAAGAUAUUGCUUUCAAAAUUGUUAAGAAAGAAUGGGAAAAAUCUCACAAAUAUGGAUUUAAAUGUGUUUUUGAAAAAGGUGUGUUACAGCUUUGGUUCAAUUUCAAGAGAUAUCGUUAUCGUCGUUAA